UCCUUCCUUCACCAACAGCAAGCAACCAAACAAAGCCUUGGGUUGAUUGAAGCAAAAGUCAGAGAGCCAGAAGCAAAGUCAGACAACUUUCAAGAAACACAGUCGUUGGGGAAUCAUCGAGCAUGGACAAGGUGCUGGCCUUCUCGAUCCUGAGCGCGUCGCCGGCCGACAUCACCCCCGGCGCCGGAGCCGGCAGCACCUGGGCUCGGCUCUCCUGGCGGGGGAGGAAGCUGCAGAAGGACGACCAGGCUGGAGCUGGGCAACAGAGAAAACAGGGCGGUCUGCAGGGGGAAACAGAGCAUCAGCCGGGCAAGAGGAAAUCACAGUCGCCCUCGCCGCCGCGGCUGCGGUUCGCGCCAGAGUUCGACGGGAUUGACUGCUUCGAGACCAUCGUGUGCCAUUGAUCGGUGCAUCGCGAGCCACGGGUGUGACUAUUAAUUCUUUAUUGGUUUGAUCGCCAGAUGAUCGGUGUGUCCACUCCAUACGUUGUUGACUUGUGCUUAUAACUGAAGCCACAGGUUGUACAGAAUACAGAGUAAAUUGUAGAGACUUCAUAUGGGAGCUAUUUGUCCGUGAUUCUUUGGAUAAAGUUUUGCCGUCUGCAUAGCUAAGGAAGAAAUCACUGCCAGCGUAGUUAAGGUCAAACGUGGUAGGGAUGUUCAAACAAACAAAUCCAGAACUGUACGAGUGUCAAUUGCAAGUCCCUCGCACAAUUAGCCGAUCGCCUUUUAUCCAAACUUGAAGUUGGUCAUGAACGACGUGUACAAGCAGGCUGUUCAUAUCUGCUGGUCCGACUGAUUGGUCACGAGUAUUUUUGUACAUCGCGUUGGCCAGCCAGACUAAGAGUGCAACCGUGCAACGGACAAGGAGAAGCUGCUGAAGGAACUAGAUCUCCGGCUGAAACAAUUUUCCUAAUGUCUUCCA